GUGUGCCAGAAUGUAUAGCCACUUUAUCAACUGCUGGUAUCAAAAUUUGGGUGCUUACGGGUGAUAAAACAGAAACUGCUAUCAAUAUCGGUUUCUCAUGUAAUCUAUUGCAGAAGGAUAUGCUUCUGAUCCUUAUUAGUGCAUCAGAUAAACAAAGUACUCUUCGUCAAUUAAAUGAAGCUAUGGAUAAAUUCUUUGGACCUAACGUUGAAGCUUGCAACAAAAGUAACAAACAUGCUCUAAUAAUUGAUGGUGAAACUCUUAAAUAUGCUUUGGACGAAUCUAUAAAACAUGUGCUAUUGGAUAUCGGAAAGAGAUGCAAUAGUGUUAUAUGCUGUCGUGUUAGUCCAUUGCAAAAAGCAAAGGUUGUAUCUUUAGUAAAGGAAGGAUUGAACGUAAUGACUUUAUCUAUUGGUGAUGGUGCAAACGAUGUGAGUAUGAUUCAGGAAGCAAAUGUCGGUAUUGGAAUUGCAGGUGAAGAAGGUCGUCAAGCUGUAAUGGCCGCAGAUUAUGCUUUUGCCCAAUUUCGAUUCUUAGAUAAACUUUUACUCGUUCAUGGUCGUUGGUCUUAUAUCCGAAUCGCUGAAAUGAUAUCUUGUUUUUUCUAUAAAAAUAUCGUUUGGACAAUUGCGAUGUUUUGGUAUCAAAUUUGGGCAGGAUUUACUGCACAGUAUUUAUAUGAUUAUACAUAUAUUUUACUCUAUAACCUUGCUUUCACGGCUAUCCCUGUUAUGUACCUUGGUGCUUUUGAUCAAGAUGUUGAUGCUAAAACUUCGCUAGAAAAUCCGCCAUUAUAUAAGCGAGGUAUAUUACAACAAGAUUUUACAAAGUCAAAAUUUUGGCUUUAUGUUUUAGAUGCCGUUUAUCAGUCAGCCAUUUGUUUUUUUAUUCCUUACGGUCUAUUUCAACAUGGAACAUCUCAUGCUACUGGAUUGCAAAAUAAUGGCUUAAGCGAUCUUGGAACAUUG